UCCGGUAUGUGCAAGGCCGGCUUUGCUGGAGAUGAUGCACCACGUGCUGUCUUCCCAUCCAUUGUGGGUCGCCCAAGACAUCAGGGUGUAAUGGUUGGCAUGGGCCAGAAAGACAGCUACGUUGGUGAUGAAGCUCAGAGCAAGAGAGGUAUCCUGACCCUGAAGUACCCCAUUGAACACGGUAUUGUCACCAACUGGGAUGAUAUGGAGAAAAUCUGGCACCACACCUUCUACAACGAACUUCGUGUUGCUCCAGAAGAACAUCCCGUGCUUCUUACAGAAGCUCCCCUGAACCCUAAGGCCAACAGAGAAAAGAUGACCCAGAUCAUGUUUGAGACCUUCAACACUCCGGCCAUGUAUGUGGCUAUCCAGGCUGUGUUGUCCCUGUAUGCCUCUGGACGUACCACUGGUAUUGUGAUGGACUCUGGUGAUGGUGUCACCCACACAGUGCCCAUCUACGAAGGUUAUGCCCUGCCUCAUGCCAUCUUGCGUCUUGACUUAGCUGGUCGUGAUCUGACGGACUACCUCAUGAAGAUCCUGACCGAGAGGGGCUACAGCUUCACAACAACAGCUGAAAGAGAAAUUGUGCGUGACAUCAAAGAGAAGCUCUGCUAUGUUGCGCUGGACUUUGAGCAGGAAAUGGCCACUGCUGCUUCUUCGUCUUCACUGGAGAAGAGCUAUGAACUGCCUGAUGGUCAGGUGAUCACUAUUGGCAAUGAGAGGUUCAGGUGUCCUGAAGCCCUCUUCCAGCCAUCUUUUCUUGGUAUGGAGUCAUGCGGUAUUCAUGAAACCACAUACAACUCAAUCAUGAAGUGUGAUGUUGAUAUCCGAAAAGACUUGUAUGCUAACACUGUGCUGUCUGGUGGUACCACAAUGUACCCAGGUAUUGCAGACCGAAUGCAGAAAGAAAUUACAGCGCUGGCUCCAAGCACAAUGAAAAUCAAGAUCAUUGCCCCGCCAGAGCGCAAGUACUCUGUGUGGAUUGGUGGUUCCAUCCUAGCAUCCUUGUCCACCUUCCAGCAGAUGUGGAUCAGCAAACAGGAGUAUGAUGAGUCUGGGCCUUCAAUUGUCCACCGUAAAUGUUUCUAA